CGCCAUCUUGGACUCCUCCUCUUCCGCCCUCUAUCGGGCGUCACUUCCGGUUUCCCCACCCCUUUACUUCCGGUUCCGUCGUCUUGUCGCCGCUCGGUGGACGCCAUGUCGUUGGUGAUCCCAGAGAAGUUCCAGCACAUUCUGCGGGUGCUCAACACCAACAUCGACGGGCGCAGGAAGAUUGCGUUUGCCAUCACUGCCAUCAAGGGUGUAGGUCGCCGCUAUGCACACGUGGUUCUGCGCAAGGCAGACAUUGACCUCACCAAGAGAGCAGGAGAGCUCACUGAGGAUGAGGUAGAACGUGUCAUCACCAUCAUGCAGAACCCUCGCCAGUACAAGAUCCCUGAUUGGUUCCUCAACAGACAGAAGGACGUCAAGGACGGCAAAUACAGCCAAGUGUUGGCCAAUGGGCUGGACAACAAACUGAGGGAGGACCUGGAGAGGCUCAAGAAGAUCAGGGCCCAUCGGGGGCUGCGGCACUUCUGGGGGCUGCGGGUUCGGGGUCAGCACACCAAGACCACCGGGCGCCGAGGCCGAACUGUCGGUGUGUCCAAGAAGAAGUGAGGCAAUAAAGAGACCCCCAAGACACGUGA